AUAUAUGUCAAAAUUCAGGGUUAGAACUUAGAAGUUAGGACUUUGGUUCCGGAGAUGAAAAUUAAAUGAAUUUCGUAUUAAAAGUUACUGAAAUAAAGUAUUUUCAAAUAUAUAUUUCGGUUAAGAAUAAUAUCUAGUGCAGUUGCUAACGGCUUACUAAAUAUUGAGUAAAUAUGCACUCCUGUCGCCUAAUAUUCAACAGUCCGGCCCGUUGGAAAAGUUUUUUGCCAGUGAAUAUAAAAUCUUCUAUAUCACCAUUAAAAUCGGAUCAGCAUACUGCCCAAGAAUGUCGCUACUACUCUGCAAGAAAGGGAUUCUUUUCCUCAAUCAUAGAGAAUAUAAAAGAAGAUAUAUCAAAAAAUAAAGAGAUGAAAGAAAACAUAAAAAAAUUCAGAGAAGAAGCACAAAAAUUGGAAAAUUCAGAAGCAUUGCAGGCUGCUCGAAAAAAAUUCCAUGCUGUUGAGACAGAAGCUAGUAAAAGUUCUGAAGUAUUGAAAGAUACAUUGGAAGGUAUAAAAGGGAAGGUGGGCCAUGUGUUGGAGGAAGCUGGUAAAACUGAAAUUGCCAAAAAGGCAGGGAAAUUGACAGAAGAUAUAUCAAAAACAGCAAAGGAUGCAGCGGAGACCAUAGCUGAUAGAAGUCAGAAACUUGGACAAACUUCAGCUUUUAGAACAAUAUCACAAGCCACAGCUGUUGUUAAAAACGAAAUGUCGCCGAGAGGAUUGGAAGGUCGAGUGUAUACAUCGCCUGGUGCAUUACGGAAACGAGUCGAGGUAGCGGAUGAUGAACGUACAUUUGCUCCGGACACGGAGACAGUGGGAGUGGAACUACACAAGGACUCCAAGUUCUACCAGCAAUGGGAGGACUUCAAGAACAACAACCAGUAUGUUAAUAAGGUGCUUGAUUGGAAAAUAAAAUAUGAGGAGUCUAAUAAUCCUCUUGUAAAAGGUACACGUUUUGUCACGGAAAAAAUGAGCAGCCUCUUUGGAAACAUGUUUGAAAAAACCGAACUAUCUAAAACGCUGACGGAAAUUUGUAAAAUUGAUCCCAACUUUACUGCACAGAAGUUUCUAGAAGAUUGCGCAAAUGAUAUUAUACCGAACAUUUUGGAAGCAAUGGUUCGUGGAGACUUGGACAUUUUGAAAGACUGGUGUUACGAGGGAGUGUUCAACCUAUUGGCGACACCGAUCAAACAGUGCAAACAGUUGGGAUAUCAGCUCGAUUCAAAAAUAUUAGAUAUAGAGAAUAUUGAACUCGUUAUGGGGAAAAUGAUGGACCAGGGGCCCGUGUUGGUGAUCACAUUCCAGUCCCAGCAGAUCAUGUGCGUGAGAGACGGCAAGAAUAAGGUGAUAGAGGGAGACCCGGACAAGGUGAUGAGGGUUAACUAUGUAUGGGUCCUCUGUAGGGAUCCUCAGGAGUUGAACCCCAAAGCUGCGUGGAGGUUGUUGGAGCUGUCGGCCAACAGUGUAGAACAGUUAAUAUAGUGUGUAGUCAAAUCAAAUUAUAUGAUUUUAUUGUACUUUGUGUGUUGUAUUAACGCUAUUUUGCCUAUUUUUUCUUUUACUUCGAUAGAACAGAUGGCCUGAGAGUGUUAAAGUAGCGCACCUCGUUAUCUACCCCAGCGACUAGUACAGAUACACUAGAAGAAAUUUCAUUAUGAGGGUAGUUGCAAAUGCAAUUUUUUUGACACUAUUUAUACGUUUGUCCUAAGUUACGUUGAUUAUGUAAAUUCUAUUAAAUAGACAAUGUUUACAGAUCCCAAUACAAUUUAUUAACACUAGUGUUAAUUACCAGAUAGUGUAUUUAUUUUGAUUAAAAAAUGGUUGAAGUAUCAAUUGCCCUCUAGUCUUAAUAUUAUGUUUUUCUCAAAUAUCAUAUAGAUUAGGACUACCAGUUAGGUUAGGUUAGGAUAUUGUUUGAGCCAAGCAGUUCCUCAUUUAUUAUAAUAUAUAUAAUUAUUUAUAAUAUAACUGACGUUUCUAAUAACAUGAACCUAAUUCCAGUAACUACGAUACAGAUACCAAUUGAAAUAUUGAUUAUUUUUAUUGUUUUAAAUUUUAUUUUUAUUACUAAAUUUUAUUUAGAAAAAAUGCAGGUAAACUCCAUUUACGGCUGUUCCCAAUACACUAUCUACAGAUAGAGACAACUUACCACCUUCUACUGUCAGUAUUUAGCCGUCAAUAAUCUGGAUCUGUCCCAAUAUACCCGAUAGUCAUUCUUAUCGCCUUUUAUAGGGACGCGUGAAUUGCAAUUUCCAUAAAAACUUCUAUCGCUGGUAUGCUAUACGUCCUCCCAUUGACAGACAUCGUGUACGGUGUUCGUACAGCGUAUAAGGUGAGUUAACGUCGGUAUGUUUAUUAGGACAGAAAAGUCGACGAUAGUUAAGAUUUUUAUCUCAAGUAGGCUACAAGCGGAGAUAGACUGAAUAUUGGGAACGGCAGUUAGGCGUGUUCAUAGGGGAUACUGCCUCCGCGCCUUAUCGCCCUUGCAACAUUAGAGGAACUUCCGAUAUGAUUAUUGACUGAUGACAUUCUUUGGUUGUAACUACACGUUGUACAAACCAACAAUUUUCCUGCUAAGUUACAAUUACAGUAAAUUUAAAAAUGAGAGAAUUGUCACAUUUUAAUAUUAUAUAUCAAAGUCACCUGUGUGACAAUAUUCUACUUGGUGGUCUAGGUUAAGCUACCCACGAAUGAAACGAAUAUUAUGAAUGUAAAUACCUUAUAAUUAUUGUGAUGAUUUUUGGUUGAGGAAACAUUGAUAAUUAGUAUUAAAAAUAUCUGUUUUAUGAUGUAAUACAUCGUUUUGUUCUCAA